UCGUAUGAAAGAGUAUCUUUUAUCGGUGAAAAUUUGUCUCUGGAUUUCCCCUCUUGUAUUGAAAUCUUUGCUCCGCCACUGAUUUAGUAUAAUUUUCUUUUCUAACUAUUUACAGGUGGGAGAAGAAGAUAUCUUCACAAGAUGAAUGAUCUCAUGACAAAAUCAUUUCUAAGCUAUGCGGAAUUGAAUAAACAAGCCCAGAUAGAUCUUAAAGCAGAGAAAGACAGAGAGAAAGGCCAACGAAGCCCUUCUGAUGAAGAGAACCUCUCUCAGUUCUUUCAGAAAGUAGAUGCAAUCAAGUCUGACAUGGAAGAGAUAACCAAUCUCCUCUUUGACGUUCAAAAGCUAAAUGAAGAGACAAAGUCUACUCACAGCGCUAAGGUUCUUCGUGGACUACGAGACCGGAUGGACUCGGACAUAAAUUUCGUCCUUCGCAAGGCCAAAAUCAUCAAAACAAGACUUGAAUUGCUCGACAAAUCGAACGGGGAAAAUCGCAGGUUGUCGGUGGUGUUCAGAGAAGGAAGUGCAGUUGAUCGAAUGAGGAUUUCGGUCACCAAUGGAUUGAGAACCAAACUGAGGGACACGAUGAAUAAUUUCCAGUCAUUGAGAGACAAAGUACUCUCUGAUCACAAAGAAUAUCUGAGAAGGAGAUGCUACAACGCGACCGGUCAAGUGCCAGGUGAAGAUGUGGUUGAAAAGAUGGUUUCAGAAAGCGGGAAAGUUGAAGUAUUUGAAGGGAGGACAGAAUUGUAUUUGGAGAAUAAAGAGAGGCAUGAAGCUGUGAUAGACAUUCAGAGGAGCUUGGACAAUCUCCAUCAGGUGUUUCUUGAUAUGGCUGUUUUGGUGGAGACUCAAGGCGAAAAGAUCGAUGAAAUCAAGCAAAACGUGGCUAACGCCGGGAGUUUUGUCAGCGGUGGAACUAACAGUCUUUUCUAUGCUAAGCAGAUAAAGAAGGGCAAGAAAUGGGUGUAUUGGGUUUGGGCAGUGGGGGUGAUUAUAUUGCUGGUAUGCUUCAUUGCUAUGUUAUCUUCUUGAAAAAGUGUAGAUAUGGUUGAAAGGCAUAAUUAGAAGAUUAUUUCAGACUGUAGUUUCGCCACUGGUUCUAUUGUAGAGGGGUUUAGGGUUGUAAUUCCUUUAUAGUUAGUUAGCUUCUCUAAGCUCAAGGGUUGCUGUUGUAUUGGUUGUUGCUAAUUCUUUCAACACAUUUGUCUCUGCAACAAUUUCUGAUGCAUGAUUGAGUGCAUGUUCAGCAAAAGUAGAUUUGUUUCUUUUGUCCGGAUACCUUUUCUGGC